AUGUCCCACAACCUCACUGCACCAUCCUUACUCCCGCUAACCAUCGUCUUCCCGUCCGGAGACAACGCUAUACUCGCCAGUGCUACUGCACCUUCUCCGUCCCGCCAGUCUCCUCAAAUUCUGUGCCGCUCUCCAAGUUCCACACUCGCUGCGAGCCAUCCCAUGAAGAAUAUCAAUGUGUCCUUCUGGCGAGGCAUUAUUACUGAUAUCUCUUUCAUUUUAGUCGUGGAUGAAUACAUGCUCCAGAAUUCCUCCUACCGAGCGCAGCGCUAUCUCAGUUUUCAUCCAUCACAUUCCAAAACCAUAACUUACGAAGACAACAACGACAGGCGAACUUGGAUAGCAGGGAACAAUGGACGUUUCUGCCAGGAGUUGAAUUCUUUGCUUCCUGAUAUCGCUUCUUGGACCCGAACCAAGUGGCACCCCGACGAGGACCCCGGAAAUCAAACCGCCGACAAUGCGCUCAACAGCGCUAAGGCCGCCACACGGCGCCUCGCGCACUUCAAGAACCUCAAGCCGACGACCUCAAAACACCUCACCUACAACCCCAUCGACGUUGUCACGGCCGACAUGCCGAACAACGACUCAAGUUCCUCGACACUGACUCAAACCAACAGAAUAAACCGCAAGACAACUGCAAGUAAACCUCUUUUUUCAACCAGCAAAUCAAUCGAAGACCAUGCGACGGGCCUAGGCGUCAAGACCGACGUCAACAACCUGAACAAUGCAAGGAAAACACUCACCAUGCACGGUCUCAACCUUCCCACGGCCGGCAGAACACUGUUGGCUAUCUCGGCCGCGCUCUUCGAGUUCAGCACAUCGGCCAAUCUCGGGGCCACACACACAGAUAUAAUCCGAGCCUUCGCAUUCAUCAUUUACGAAGUACAGAAAGAUAUUGACACGGAACAUAUCAUAGAAAAAGUCAAAGCGCUAAUGGGAGGACCAGUUGCUACUUUGGACGAGAAAGUCGAUGCACUCGAGGAUGUGUUAGUGAAGUACAACAAGGAGAUGGAGAAAACAGUAACAGAGGGGCAUGACAACAUUCAGACCACAGUAGAAGAAUUGGCGAAAGCAGCAAAGAGUGCAAGUGCAAAUCCCCCCCGACACUCUCAGACGACCAGUGACAUACCAGGGUCUAACGGACCAAGAUCAUAUGCAGCAGUAACAAAGUCUAACACCUCCCCGCUACUGACCAAAGCCCUUGCAAAAAGCGAAGCACAGUCUCGACAGAUUCUGAUAGAUAGAAGAUCCCCACUCUACGCCAAUUCACUCAAGGACUUAACGGAGGCGCAAUUAGUUGCGAAGGCUACCGUGGCAAUCAAAUUGAUAACCAAGGACAACGAGGACAAUGAGGACAUGCCCAAGAGCUUAGUGUUUUUAUCAGCACAAAGACUUCCGCACGGUGGAGUACUCUAUAAACUGGACUCAGCAGAAUCCACCUUGUGGUUCAACAAUCCAGCGAACAAGAGCAAGUUCCUUGAGCACUUUGGAGUAGAGGUAGUCAUCAAAGAUCGAGCUUACCACGUGCUAAUCGAGAAUGUCCCAAUCUCUUUCGUACCGGACAACCAUGCGGCAAUAGACGAUGUUGAAAAGAAGGCCGGCCUAAAACCCAAGUCCAUCUGCAAGGCAAGAUACAUCAAACCCCUCGCCAGGCGCAACCCAGGUCAGUGA